GCAGAGCCGUUUUAUUCUUUUCCGGCACAAAAUUCUCUCGCUGUUUUUAAGCCCUUUUGCGUUUGCCAGCCGUUGACAUUAAGAGGCAUGUUCAGCGGUGCCAACAGCAUCUCCUCUUCCUUCUCCUCUUCCUCUUCAUCUUCCUCCUCCUCCUUCUCUUCCUUUUCCUUCUCCUCCCAUCAGCAAGAAGACGAACCGAGGACAGUCUUGAAAUAUCGAAAUUUCCUCCUUGGGAUUUGCCAGCGCCGCGUUGCGCCAAGACUGUCGGAAUAAAGGACGCUGACUAUUGUAUUAUUAUUUUAUUAAUUGGUCAGUGUCAAGACUACAGAUGAGGAAAGGGGACGCCUGUCACCUUUCCUGCGCUAAGAUUGAAAAAUGAGGCUGAAUUGGGUGAAACCCUAAAAUGAAGCAGAAGGAAUAGAUUUUUAAGGAAAGAAAGCCACAGCAGCCCCCCACAUAGCUCACUUUUAUUCAUAUUUUUUAUUUGAGAUUUUUUUUUUUUUUUUGUGGUGGUGGGGGAGGUGAUUGGGUGGCUGACUGGCUGCGGGAAGCUGCUUCCUUUCCCUUUGGAGAUGAUUGUGCUAUUAUUCUUUGCCUUGCUCUGGAUGGUAGAAGGAGUCUUUUCCCAGCUUCACUAUACGGUGCAGGAGGAGCAGGAACAUGGCACUUUCGUGGGGAAUAUCGCUGAAGAUCUGGGCUUGGACAUUACAAAACUUUCAGCUCGCGGGUUUCAAACGGCGCCCAACUCUCGGACCCCUUACUUGGACCUCAACCUGGAGACUGGGGUGCUGUACGUGAACGAGAAGAUUGACCGCGAGCAAAUCUGCAAGCAGAGUCCCUCCUGCGUCCUGCACCUAGAGGUAUUCCUGGAGAACCCCCUGGAGCUGUUUCGGGUGGAGAUUGAGGUGUUGGACAUCAAUGACAACCCCCCCUCCUUCCCGGAGCCGGACCUGACUGUGGAAAUCUCUGAGAGCGCCACGCCAGGCACUCGCUUCCCUUUGGAGAGCGCAUUCGACCCAGACGUGGGUACGAACUCCUUGCGCGACUACGAGAUCACCCCCAACAGCUACUUCUCCCUAGACGUGCAGACCCAGGGGGAUGGCAACCGAUUCGCCGAGCUGGUGCUGGAGAAGCCACUGGACCGAGAGCAGCAAGCGGUGCACCGCUACGUGCUGACCGCGGUGGACGGGGGAGGAGGGGGAGGAGGAGAAGGAGGAGGAGGAGGAGGCGGGGGAGGGGGCCCUCCCCAGCAGCAGCGCACGGGCACGGCCCUACUCACCAUCCGAGUGCUGGACUCCAACGACAAUGUGCCCGCCUUCGACCAACCCGUCUACACUGUGUCCCUACCGGAGAACUCCCCGCCGGGCACGCUCGUGAUCCAGCUUAAUGCCACAGAUCCAGAUGAGGGCCAGAAUGGUGAGGUCGUGUACUCCUUCAGCAGCCACAUUUCGCCCCGGGCGCGAGAGCUCUUCGGACUCUCUCCUCGCACUGGCCGACUGGAGGUGAGCGGCGAGCUAGACUACGAAGAGAGCCCGGUGUACCAAGUAUACGUACAAGCCAAGGACCUGGGCCCCAACGCCGUGACCGCGCACUGCAAGGUGAUAGUGAGAGUGCUGGAUGCUAACGACAACGCGCCGGAGAUCAGCUUCAGCACCGUGAAGGAAGCGGUGAGCGAGGGCGCGGCGCCCGGCACAGUUGUGGCCUUGUUCAGCGUGACCGACCGCGACUCAGAGGAGAAUGGACAGGUGCAAUGCGAGCUGCUGAGGGAUGUGCCGUUCCGCCUCAAGUCUUCCUUCAAAAACUACUAUACCAUAGUGACCGAGGCCCCUCUAGACCGAGAGGCGGGGGACUCCUACACCCUGACCGUGGUAGCUCGGGACCGGGGCGAGCCUGCGCUCUCCACCAGUAAGUCAAUACAGGUACAAGUGUCAGAUGUGAACGACAACGCACCGCGGUUCAGCCAGCCGGUCUACGACGUGUAUGUGACCGAGAACAACGUGCCUGGUGCCUACAUCUACGCGGUGAGCGCCACAGAUCGUGAUGAGGGCGCCAACGCCCAGCUAGCCUACUCUAUCCUGGAGUGCCAGAUCCAGGGCAUGAGCGUCUUCACUUACGUGUCCAUCAACUCCGAGAACGGCUACUUGUACGCCCUGCGCUCCUUCGACUAUGAGCAGCUUAAGGACUUCAGCUUCCAGGUGGAAGCCCGGGACGCCGGCAGCCCCCAGGCGCUGGCUGGCAACGCCACUGUUAACAUCCUCAUCGUGGAUCAGAACGACAACGCCCCUGCCAUAGUGGCGCCCCUUCCAGGGCGCAACGGGACUCCGGCGCGCGAGGUGCUGCCCCGCUCCGCGGAGCCGGGCUACCUGCUGACCCGCGUGGCCGCGGUGGACGCGGACGACGGCGAGAACGCCCGGCUCACCUACAGCAUUGUGCGGGGCAACGAAAUGAACCUCUUCCGCAUGGACUGGCGCACCGGGGAGCUUCGCACAGCGCGGCGGGUGCCGGCCAAGCGCGACCCCCAGCGGCCUUACGAGCUGGUGAUCGAGGUGCGCGACCAUGGGCAGCCUCCUCUGUCCUCCACCGCCACCCUGGUGGUGCAGCUGGUGGAUGGCGCUGUCGAGCCCCAGGGUGGGGGCGGGGGUGGUGGCGGGAGUUCAGGGGAGCACCAACGCCCGAGUCGCUCCGGCGGUGGGGAGACCUCGCUGGACCUCACCCUCAUCCUCAUCAUUGCGCUGGGCUCGGUGUCCUUCAUUUUCCUGCUGGCCAUGAUCGUGCUUGCGGUGCGUUGCCAAAAAGAGAAGAAACUCAACAUCUACACGUGUCUGGCCAGCGACUGCUGCCUCUGUUGCUGCUGCUGUGGCGGCGGGGGCUCGACCUGCUGCGGCCGCCAAGCUCGAGCGCGCAAGAAGAAACUCAGCAAGUCGGACAUCAUGCUGGUGCAAAGCUCCAAUGUACCCAGUAACCCGGCCCAAGUGCCGGUGGAGGAGUCCGGGGGCUUUGGCUCCCAUCACCACAACCAGAAUUACUGCUACCAGGUCUGCCUGACCCCUGAGUCCGCCAAGACCGAUCUGAUGUUCCUUAAACCCUGCAGCCCUUCCAGGAGUACGGACACUGAGCACAACCCCUGCGGGGCCAUCGUCACUGGCUAUACAGACCAGCAGCCUGACAUCAUCUCCAACGGAAGCAUUUUGUCCAACGAGACUAAACACCAGCGAGCAGAGCUCAGCUAUCUAGUUGACAGACCUCGCCGAGUUAACAGUUCUGCAUUCCAGGAAGCCGACAUAGUAAGCUCUAAGGACAGUGGUCAUGGAGACAGUGAGCAGGGAGAUAGUGAUCAUGAUGCCACCAACCGCGGCCAGUCAGCUGGUAUGGAUCUCUUCUCCAACUGUACUGAGGAAUGUAAAGCCCUGGGCCACUCAGAUCGGUGCUGGAUGCCUUCUUUUGUCCCUUCUGAUGGACGUCAGGCUGCUGAUUAUCGUAGCAAUCUGCAUGUUCCUGGCAUGGACUCUGUUCCAGACACCGAGGUGUUUGAAACUCCAGAAGCCCAGCCUGGGGCGGAGAGGUCCUUCUCCACCUUCGGCAAAGAGAAGGCCCUUCACAGCACCCUGGAGAGGAAGGAGCUGGAUGGACUGCUGUCUAAUACACGAGCGCCUUACAAACCACCAUAUUUGAAUAAUUUUCAUCCACUUUCUUAUUUUGUACAUUGGAAGUAAAUCCAUAUAAGCAUUUGUUCAUCAUGUGAACCUAACAAAGGAAGAUUAUCAAUUAAAAUAUAAAUAGAAUUAUUCAAUGAAAAGGAAUAUCUACUUGGGAAUUUUUCCUGUCUCAUCAUACUGAAGAUUUAUGGGUCAACAUAUAAUUAAGUUACAAAGAUAUUGUAAAUAAGUCUGGAAUAUACAAAGUCAGUUGCUUAUAAAUAUUAUUAAACAUUGUUCAAUACUCCAUGUGCCAGACUUUUUUUGAGUGAGUCUCCGUCUUCUGAAAUCCAUUUAGUAGGAAUUAGACAGCAUCAUCUAGAAUCAUGUGACAAUAGCUUGGAAACUGUCUUGGACUAUAAGGUUCUUUGUUCAAGAUUAAAUAAUACUAUUGUAUCAAGACUAAACACAGCAGAAUGUGAGUCAAUUUAAUGUUUCCCAAAUUAUAAUAAAAAUCUUGGAAGUUUUAUAUUAAGAUCCCUAAUUACUGCAUUAGUGAUAUCUAAUUACCCACAUCAGUUUAGGUUGGACAGUAUAGAAGUUUGAAAAAAUUGGACCCUAAAAUGUAACCACCUACAAACAACAUGGAGAAAAACAAAUUGUAAGCUAUAAAAUUUACAGAUAAAAAUCAGGGUUUUAUUUUUGAUUCUUUAAUUGAUACAUUAUAUGACAUUACAUUUAUACAUUAUGUCUAGACACUUAACCAUAUUUCUCCUAAAGAUACAUUUCUUUUAACUAGAGGGAUUGAAAAAAUUAUAUGUGAACUUUAUUUCAGUAAAAUUUUUAUGAUUUGUACAAUAAAGUGGUGCCUAAAUUAUCAAAGAUAGCUUUUAAGUCAUUGAGUUCAAAAGUGAUUAUAAGUAUAUUUUCUGUUUUCUAUUUUCAUAAUUCUGUUGUAUGACUAUAGUUGUGCACAUAUACACCCCAUAGAGAGGCAUUAUAUUUUUAAUUUUGUUUAAUUUUUAAUUAUAGCUAUCAACUACCAAAGAAAGAACAGACGGAUUAUGCUUAACAUAAGAGUAAAAUUUAACUAAUGGCUACUUCAUUUUCAUAUGUUAACAUGAUAAUAUGGUGUUUUUUGUGAAACAGAUAAAUUAUAUGAUCAAUUUUGGUCUGUUCUUUUAUUUUUUUAAGGUACUCGUUGUACUUUUUGAGGACCAGUUCACAUGACAUAAUGUAGCAAAAUUAACUGUGACACUGUAGAGAAAGUUGAUGUCUUUGUUAUAAGGAAGAUAUUACUUUUACUGCCUGUAAAAAUGCUGUAAUCAGUAGGGCUUUUUUUUUUUUUUUUCUAUUUUAACAUUGGUGUCAGCCAGAAUCUUACACUAGAUUCUAAUAUUACUUGUGUUAGAUAUUUAGUUCUAUAUUUUACACAAACUGGAAAAUUGACAUUCAUUUGUCAUCAAGUAGUCCAUGGUUCAUAUUUAUGCCAAUAGCUAUGUUUCAGCUGAUAAUAGGAUAAUUACUAAAUUAUUCCAUAAAAAUCAUUACUUGUAAAUAUUUUGUCAAAAACUUCCAAAAUCAGUGUUUUAAAAAUAAGAAAGAUCUAAGCCUAGCAGUAAUACAUAAAUAAAAUCAAUAUCAAAUGUGUACAUCCUGGGUUAGAUUUUUUAAUCACCCUACAUAAAGAAAUAGCCUGAAUAGAAGGCUUCUUUCAUACCUAACUAAAUAUUGUUGGGCUUUGUCUCAAAUUGCAACAUAUGGUAGAAAGUUCUGAGUAAAAAAUAGUAACAAUAAAGUAUAUAUAAUAGUUAUCUUGAUGAUGUACACCUGAUUGUGUAUAUAAGAUAAAAUACUUCACAUGUAGUUUUAAUUGAAAUGGUAGUCGAAAUAAUAGAUCCAUAAAUAUGAGUUAAUGUUACAGUUUGACAGUUGCUAUCAUUUUAUUCUUAGAAAAUGUAGAAGAUUUGGAGGCUGGCCUGUAAACCUGGAGGCUGACCUGUAAAAUUACUAUAUUCUUGUACCUUUUUCUUUCACCCUUAAAUCUGACGCCAGAACCAAUCCCUUUGCUAGUCAUCUGCAGUGUAGGUUUAACUUUUCUUGCCAUAGAAUUACUCAUCAGAUGAUUACAUUAGAGGUCAUGAAAUCUAGGUAUGUUUUGGUGAAUAUACCCUAAUUCUUGACUUCGAUCUCUUUGAUAAGAACAAUAGGAAUAGAGAAUGAUAUGCAGAAUCCAUAAAUUCCACUGUUUUAGUUUUAACCGUUUUAAAAAAUGAUGAAUGAUGUCAAGCUUACUCAAAAAAACAAAAUAGUUUACUCAACUCUCCACAUUCACCAGCUUAAACAGUGAUCAAUUCUUGGCCAAAUUUGUUUUGUCCAAAAACGAAUACACUUCCUCUACACUCAGAUUUUUAAAGCAAAUCCAGAAACCUUACUUUUAGACCACUAAUAUUUCAACAUGUUCAUUAAAGGUAAAGUCUAACAUAGCCACAAGAACAGUAUUCCUCCUAAAAAAAUCUCCUUGCUAUCAUUGAAUGUCUAGUUAUCGUUCAAAUUUCCAUAAUUUUUUCUUAACUAUUAUUUACAUUUGCAAUUAACUUGAUUCAUGAUUAAAAAGUUUAUUGAUAGCAAUUCAUUUUCAUUUUCUAUUUUAAAUCUUUUGAUUAAUAUAUAAUAUGCAUAUAGUAAAGUACAAAAAUCACAAAUGUGUAAUUCAAGAAGUUUUCACAAAAGGAGGACACAUGUAUAAUCAGUAACCAUACUAACUAGAUAUUGUUUCUAGUAGGCAAAGCAUUACCAGGAUCUCAAAAACCUGAGCAUCCUAUCCCAAAGGGUUACCACUGUCCUGGGCUCUAACCAAAGAUUAGUUUUUCUGAGUUUCAAAAUGUAUAUAAUUUGAAUAAAUAAAAUAGUGCAAAUAUUUGAGUUUAACUGAAACAUUAUAACCAGUUAUUCUCUCUGAUACUAUAGCAAAAACAAAUAUCAUAGCUAAACUAUAGCAGUGCGUAAGCUAAGUUAGGAUAUGUUCUCCUUGGAUACGAUUUCUCUUAUUCUCUUCCAAGUUCCUGUCAUUUCUAAUAUUUCAGAAAUCCUUGAUACUUGUCAUUAUAUCUUCUUAUUGAUUGGAAACAUAAUCUUACUAGUGUUUUACAGUAACAAAUAUUGAAAUACGUUGAUUUGAAUACCAGAUUAUAACAAAAGAGUAGAAAAAUUGAAAUGUCUCUGUUUCACAUUUCUUUGAGCCUAAGUUAGAGGAUUCUGACAAAUUGGGGAGUAUAAUGCUUAAAGGAGACUCUGAAAAGGUAAAGAGAUUAACGUUUUGGAAAAUGGCAUAUCUGAAGAGAGUCUAAAAGUAUUGACUGUGAAGUGAGAAGAAAAGGGUUUGUUAAGUGUUUGAACAAAUAUUACAUAGAUGAGAUAGUGAUCAGCUAAUGUCUUUAUUGAGAGCUGAAAAGAGAAAAUGAAUCUAUAUCACAUCCUGAGAGAUUUAAAUUUCACAAUAUGGGAAAUAUCUGAACCCUAACAUUGGUACUUGAUCCUGAGAGAUAUGGAAACACAUUACCUAGAAAGCUUUACAAACUAUAAACAUAUGCUUUUGCCAACUGUGAUUUGGUGGAAUAGCACUUUACAGUCUUGUGAUGUGUUUUUGCAGAAUGUUUUUCUAACACUGGGGCUGGUUAAAGGAGUGAAGGGCAUGAGGCUCAUUUUUACAGUGGGACAAAGGAAAGGCAAUUGAGAAAGUCAGGGUUUUUAUAUAUCCCCUUUCCUUCCUGUUUCUACAUAGAUCACUUAAUUUUCAUACUCUGGAAUUUUGGAGAGGAAAGAUUUGAUUUCUUAAAUCCUUUUGUUUCCCCCUCACACAUUGAAUUGCAACAAAUGAUUACAUGUUCAGGAAGAAAAAUCAGGAAAUAGUAGUUUUACAAGGAAAUUUGGGAAAAUACGUAGAGUGCAAAAGUUAAGUAUGAAAAUGUCUAUACCAUACAUUAAGCCUAUUAAGUAUGCAUUACAACUUAAAGGUAUAAGACUUUGUAUUAUAUAUAACAAUCAUUUUAAAAGGAAGACAUGACUAUAGAUUUUAAAUAUAGAUGUGAAAAUAUUUUAAAUAUCUUACUUUGACAAAUAUUGAAUCUUUUCCUGAUUGAGCUGAUUUCUCCUAUAAUAAGAAUUUUCCACUUUUGAUAUCAUAUUAUGUUCUGCUGAAUUUUAAGGAAAAUCCUUGGUGUCAGUUACUGUGAAAUUGCUUACAAAUAAAAAUGAAACAGCCAUCAUUAGUGAUUCAAGUCAGGUUACCUAUUCUCCUUAAGCCUAGUAGUAAUGCAUGCUUUCUUAACUAUUUUGGAAGAUACAGCAAACAGGCUAUAUAUGAUCAUCAUAUCCUGUGUUCAUAUUUUAAGCAGUAAAUUAAAAUGUAGCAUUAGUUUGGUAAUAAGGAGCAUGAAUUAAUCACAUACUU